CGUGGAAAAACUCCCAUGCAGUGAUUGGCUGUGGUAGAUCAGGGGCGGAGCGCAAGGCCCUGCGAGGUUCCUUGCCCCUGGUCGGGCCGCUUGUUUGGCUGCUGCCGUCACCUCAUGGCGACGCGGGUUGAGGAGGCAGCGCGGGGAAGAGGCGGCGGCGCUGAGGCGGCUGUCGAGGCCGGACGGGGUGGACGGCGACGCAGCCCUCGGCAGAAGUUUGAAGUUGGCACAAUGGAAGAAGCUGGAGUUUGUGGGCUAGGGGUGAAAGCAGAUAGGUUGUGUAACUCUCAGUCAAAUGAUAUUCUUCAACAUCAAGACUCCAGUUGUGGUGGCACGACUAACAAGCAUUCACUGGAAGGGGAUGGAGGCAGUGACUUUAUAACAAAGAACAGGAAUUUGGUAAGCCCAGCAUACUGCGCACAGGAGUCAAGAGAAGAAAUUCCUGGGCAGGAAGCUCGAACUGGUCCUCCUGAUGGUCAACAGGAUUCAGAGUGCAGCAGAAACAAGGAGAAAACCUUAGGAAAAGAAGUUUUAUUACUGAUGCAAGCCCUAAACACCCUUUCAACCCCAGAGGAGAAGCUGGCAGCUCUCUGUAAGAAAUAUGCUGAUCUUCUGGAGGAGAGCAGGAAUGUCCAGAAGCAAAUGAAGAUUCUGCAGAAGAAGCAAGCCCAGAUUGUGAAAGAGAAAGUUCACCUGCAGAGUGAACACAGCAAAGCUAUCUUGGCAAGAAGCAAACUGGAGUCUCUCUGCAGGGAACUUCAGCGACACAAUAAGACUUUAAAGGAAGAAAAUAUACAGCAAGCCCGAGAGGAAGAAGAACGCCGUAAAGAAGCAACAGCCCAUUUCCAGAUUACUCUAAAUGAAAUCCAAACCCAGCUGGAACAACAUGACAUACACAAUGCCAAACUCCGGCAGGAGAACAUCGAACUGGGAGAGAAGCUGAAGAAGCUCAUUGAGCAGUAUGCACUGAGGGAAGAGCAUAUUGAUAAAGUGUUCAAACAUAAGGAGCUCCAGCAACAGCUUGUGGAUGCCAAACUUCAGCAGACAACGCAGCUGAUAAAAGAAGCUGAUGAAAAACACCAGAGAGAGAGAGAGUUUCUAUUAAAAGAAGCAACAGAAUCAAGGCACAAAUAUGAACAGAUGAAACAGCAAGAAGUACAACUGAAACAACAGCUUUCUCUUUAUAUGGAUAAAUUUGAAGAAUUCCAGACUACGAUGGCAAAAAGCAAUGAACUAUUUACAACUUUCAGGCAAGAAAUGGAAAAGAUGACGAAGAAAAUUAAAAAGUUGGAAAAAGAAACAAUAAUAUGGCGUACCAAGUGGGAAAAUAAUAAUAAAGCCCUUCUGCAAAUGGCUGAAGAGAAAACUGUCCGUGAUAAAGAGUACAAGGCCUUUCAAAUCAAGCUGGAACGGUUAGAGAAGCUGUGCAGGGCUCUUCAGACAGAAAGAAAUGAGCUCAACGAGAAGGUAGAAGUUCUGAAAGAGCAGGCCUCUGCCAGAGGGACUGAUGGGGACUUGGUGUCAUCUGCACUGCAACCCUGCACUGUCCUGGAUUCUCACAAGGAGCCCAGUGCUUCCCCAGGAGCGGCAGGGGUGAGCCUGGAGGCCAAGGCGGAGAGUGAGAGUGCUGCACAGAAGCUCGCGUCGCCAGCCUCUGCCCCCGGCAUUGAGUCGGUUGACUAAGGUGAAGUGUGAUCACUGUACUGAGAGAUCUAUUUUGUGUAUAACUUUCUGUUAGUAGUAACUAUUGGUUUUGUGGUGAAAAUUUUCUUACUUUUUCUACCAUAUCUGUAUUUUCUUAGAACUACUGGACUGUGGUACAGGAGGCUGCUUAGCAGUUUGAAUAGUUUGAAUCUAUAAAUUUCUCCCUCAGCUAUGUUGCACAUCUGCCUCAUUUUCCCCUUUGUUGGAGUGCAUGUGUUCACUGCGUUGUCCGUCCAUUUUCUUCCCAGCUCCCUGCAUAUAAUGUUCCUAAUUCAGACAUCACUUGACAGGGCUGACCAUUACACAGGAAUUCUGUUCUUGUGAUGGUUCCCUGAUAUGGAAAAAUACUAAGUUAAGCAUCUUGAAUCCCCUAUUAAUAGUAUUCAAAGGAGGCUGAUUAGUUGUCUAAUAACCUAUUCAAAUGGUGAGGGGAAAAAAAACCCUGUAGUGUUGGGUCAGAAAUAAGCAUAAGGUAUUCAGAUAACGUAUUCAGAUGAAUGCUUUGAUAAUGUUUAUGUAACUUGACAACUGAGAUGGCUAUAGGCCUUCACUUCCAAGUUUGGCACUAUAUAUAGUCACUUGGGAACAAAGUCCUGUAUAUUGGCAAGAACACUGGACAAUAGGCUUCAUGUUUAUGUGGCUGGAAAGAGAAAUAAAUGCCUUGAUUUCAGGCUAGAACUCUAGCAUGUGGAAUUCGGGCUACCUGAUGCUCAUCUUAGGUAACAGUGGUGUGAAACUUAGCCUCCACUUCCAUGGAAAGCUAAUUCUUUGAAGACAUUUGGUCUGCAGUUCCUUGUCUGGUUAAGACAAGGGUAAAUUGUCAUUUAGCUUUUAUUAGACAUAAGUUCAUUGUCUUCUGCCUAUGUAAAAGUUCAUGUUCAGCUGUUGUGUUGGAACCACCAGGGGUUGGGGUGUUAACAAGCUUGAUGUAGGUGUAGAGGGCAUUUCUAGUAGGUGUGAGGCCUUGGUCUCUCUUCCCCACCCCCCACACCAGCGAAGAACUGGAGACUUGUUGAUUCACAAUUCAAAUUCUCUCCCAAAUAGAUUUCAUUUACACAACAGAAACACUGGAACUAGCAUUUUCAUGUUGGGAAAACUUGGCAGAGUGUGACCUGUAACUUACGCUUUCAGUCUCAUUUCUUACUGUUCAUUUUUUUUUCAAAGAGAAAUACAAGUAUUGUCAAGUUCUCUAUCUGUGGAAUUGGAGACGAUUUGAAAUUUGCCUUUUUCUUCCUUCAGUGUUUAAAGCUACACUGAUGACAGUGUCUUUACUGUCUCUGGUAUUUGUAUUGAGAAAUACUUUAUGGAAUAAAUGAAAUAAAAAGGUCCUAGUAGAAUUGAUGUUAGCACAUUUCACUGAGCAAAACUAUCAAACUGACACUUGUUAAAAUUGCUUACUGGACUGAAUAAACUUGUUCUCCUUUAUUUGUAAAUUCCUGUCACAUUCAUGGUCUAAACUGCGUUGCAAGAACUGAAAAUUAUCCGAUACAAAAUAGUACCUGAUGUGGAGGGAUUUUUUUCCCUAAGCCUCCACCAUCAGUCGUGUUAAGGGGAUAGACAGUGGAGGAAAAAAUCCAGAGUAGAUCAUCUCAAAGAGUCAGCAGCAAACAACUCAUAGAAAUACACCCUACCCCCUUUGGCUACUAAGUGAUAUGUUGAUUUAAUUCCCACCCCCCUAGGGGAAAUGAAGGUAUAAUAUCAAAUAUUAUCUACCUUGAAAUUAGUACUAAUGGUCAUAUAUCAUGAGAACUGCUGGAUGUCCAGCUGUUAACAUUUUGUCAAAUCGUGUGUAGCCCACCACAUUUCUUUGUGGUGCCGGUCCUGUGUGGAAGACUGUAAAUCUUGGACCUGUCUCAUAUUUUCAAGGGCGUUAUAAAGCAAUGUGAUUUAACAGUACUUGGCCUGCUGCUUUUGGCUUAUGUAUAUUUUUAGCUAGAUGCUGUUGUGGUGUUUAAAGGCUAUGGAUUCUGUCUGGGAUGCAUUCAGAAUCUCUCCUCCUAUUACCCUGUGAACAAAAAAAUGAAAUGGGACCCUCCCUGAGGAAGUACCUCCUCCCCUAAAGCAAUCACAUCACCAGCCUUGUGUUGUGGCUUUGUAGUACGCCCUUUAUCUACCAUAUUCUAGAACACUGUAAUGCUAAUGCUACUUAGGCUGGCCCAGAAAAGGUUUCAAUGUUGAAUUCACUUAAAUUGCACCACCAUACAAUCUUGAUGUAUAUUAUUUAUAGUGGCAGUAGACCUCCAAGGUGUAGAGCAAACUUGGGUCUUGGAUAAUGGACCAUUUCAUCCUCAAACUUGUAGUAUAUUUCUUGGUCUCGAGACCAGUAUUUUUUAGUUAUGUAUGCAACUGCCUUUAUUACACCUGGUUAUCACAAUUCAAUUCUCAGGUGUUGCAGAAAAAUCUACCUCUUUCAGACUGUAGAUGGAAAUAACUGUGAAAAAAUGAUGCAGAUAUCUUCUAGUUUGUGCUAAACACACUGCUUUAUUUUUACAGCCCACGUCUUUCAUGAGGAUACGAAUUGUUAAGAGGCAGUCUUGUUUUGCUUUUCAAAGACAUUUUGUAGAGAUUUUUCACUAAUGUGAAUCUGAUUUUAUCUACUCAAUUCUGUAUAGAUUAAGUAAAUAUGUAUGAUAA